AAGCGGGAGCCGGAAGCGCCUGGGCCGGGCCUGGAAGGAGGCGUCUGGGGCGGCUGCUCCGGAGCCGGAGUCUCCAAGGGAGUCCUCUCGGCGGGCGUUUGCCGGGCCCCGCGUAGCCGCCGCCGCCGCCAUCAUGCACGACGCCUUCGAGCCGGUGCCGAUUCUGGAGAAGCUGCCUCUGCAGAUCGACUGCUUGGCCGCGUGGGAGGAAUGGCUCCUCGUUGGGACAAAACAAGGCCACCUUCUUCUUUACAGAAUUCGAAAGGAAACUGGAGAGGUUACGACAUCAGAAAGUGGCUGUUGCAACAGAUUUGAAGUGACAUUAGAGAAGUCAAACAAGAACUUCUCCAAGAAGAUUCAGCAGAUCCAUGUUGUGUCCCAAUUCAAAAUUUUGGUCAGUUUAUUAGAAAACAACAUUUACGUUCAUGACCUGUUGACAUUUCAACAGAUCACAACAGUUUCCAAGGCAAAGGGUGCAACUCUCUUCACCUGUGACCUGAAGCACUCUGACACAGGUGAAGAGGUCUUGAGGAUGUGUGUGGCAGUGAAAAAGAAGCUCCAGCUGUAUUACUGGAAGGACAGAGAGUUCUACGAGCUGCAGGGAGACUUCAGCGUGCCAGAUGUACCCAAGUCAAUGGCAUGGUGUGAAGAUUCAAUCUGUGUGGGUUUCAAGAGGGACUAUUAUCUAAUAAGGGUGGAUGGUAAAGGUUCCAUCAAAGAACUCUUCCCCACAGGAAAGCAGCUUGAGCCACUGGUAGCCCCUUUGGCAGAUGGGAAAGUUGCUGUAGGCCAGGACGAUCUUACUGUUGUAUUAAAUGAAGAAGGAACUUGUACACAGAAAUGUGCCUUGAACUGGACAGAUAUCCCAAUAGCCAUGGAACAUCAACCGCCGUACAUUGUGGCAGUACUGCCAAGAUAUGUAGAGAUUCGUACUUUUGAGCCCCGACUCCUCGUGCAGAGUAUUGAGCUCCAGAGACCACGCUUCAUUACUUCUGGAGGUACAAAUAUUGUGUAUGUCGCCAGCAAUCAUUUUGUUUGGCGCCUCAUUCCGGUUUCCAUUGCAACCCAGAUCCAGCAGCUUCUUCAAGAUAAGCAAUUUGAACUGGCUCUGCAAUUGGCAGAUAUGAAGGAUGACUCUGAUACUGAAAAGCGACAACAAAUCCAUCAUAUUAAGAAUCUGUAUGCCUUCAACCUUUUCUGCCAAAAGCGCUUUGAUGAAUCGAUGCAAGUCUUUGCAAAGCUUGGGACAGAUCCUACCCAUGUCAUGGGUCUCUAUCCCGAACUGUUGCCCAGUGAUUACAAGAAACAGCUCCAGUAUCCCAACCCUGUUCCAGUUCUGUCUCCAGCAGAGCUGGAGAAAGCACACUUGGCACUUAUAGACUACCUAACACAGAAAAGAAGUCAGUUAGUGAAAAAGCUGAAUGACUCAGACCAUCAGUCCAGCACUUCUCCCCUCAUGGAGGGGACUCCCACCAUCAAAUCAAAGAAGAAGCUGCUGCAGAUCAUUGAUACCACUCUGUUGAAAUGCUACCUCCAUACCAAUGUGGCCCUAGUGGCACCACUGUUGCGACUGGAGAACAAUCACUGCCACAUAGAGGAAAGUGAGCAUGUGCUCAAGAAAGCUCACAAAUACAGCGAGCUGAUCAUACUGUAUGAGAAGAAAGGUCUGCAUGAGAAAGCUUUGCAGGUGCUAGUGGAUCAGUCAAAGAAAGCUAACUCCCCCUUGAAGGGCCAUGAGAGGACCGUGCAGUAUUUGCAACACUUGGGCACAGACAACUUGAACUUAAUAUUCUCCUAUUCUGUUUGGGUACUUAGAGACUUUCCUGAAGAUGGAUUGAAAAUAUUUACAGAAGAUCUUCCUGAAGUGGAAUCGCUUCCUCGAAACAAAGUCCUCAGUUUCUUGAUAGAGAACUUUAAAAACCUGGCUGUUCCAUACUUGGAACAUAUAAUCCAAACCUGGGAAGAGGCUGGUUCAGAGUUCCACAACUGCCUGAUUCAGCUCUACUGUGAAAAAGUGCAAGGAUUAAUGAAGGAAUAUCUCAGCUCUUUUCCUCCAGAUAAACCACCGGUGGCAGCUGGAGAAGAGGAGGGGGAACUCGGAGAGUAUCGGCAAAAACUUCUUUUCUUCCUUGAGACUUCCAGUUGCUACAAUGCUGAGCAGCUCAUCAGUGACUUCCCCUUUGAUGGCCUCCUAGAAGAACGUGCUCUGCUGCUGGGACGGAUGGGAAAUCAUGAGCAAGCUCUCUUCAUAUAUGUUCACAUCCUGAAGGAUACAAAAAUGGCUGAAAAUUACUGUCACAAACACUAUGACAAAAGCAAAGAUGGCAGCAAAGAUGUAUACUUGUCUCUUCUCCGGAUGUACCUCUCACCACCUAGUGUUCACUGCUUGGGACCAAUCAAGAUGAAACUAUUGGAGCCUCAAGCCAAUCUCCAGGCUGCAUUGCAGGUUUUGGAACUUCAUCACAGCAAGUUGGACACUACCAAAGCAAUAAACCUCCUCCCAGCAAAUACUCAAAUUAGCGAGAUUCGAAUCUUCCUGGAAAAAGUCCUUGAAGAAAAUGCCCAGAAGAAAAGAUUCAGUCAAGUACUAAAAAACCUUCUCCAUGCUGAAUUCCUGAGAGUACAGGAGGAACGGAUUUUACACCAGCAAGUGAAAUGUAUAAUCACAGAGGAAAAACUUUGCAGUGUGUGUAAAAAGAAGAUUGGAAAUAGUGCCUUCGCCCGCUAUCCUAAUGCAAUAGUCGUGCAUUAUUUCUGUUCCAAAGAAGUGAGUGCAGCAGACACCUGAAAUGAUUGUCAUGUGGACUGCAGAAGCCAUGGUGCUUACCUGGAAGGAGAGUGAAGAGAAUUGGAGGCAUUGGAGAAGUUGGAGGAAUCUUCUGAGGCAUGUUGCUUACAAACAACUUGAGCCCCACGUCGCUUUACCAGAUGACUCGCCAUGUAAUCUGCCAAUGCUGGCAUAGUAGGGGAAACUGACAUCUAACUAUUAUUUUAUAUACUUGGCAUCAGGUUAGCCUCAGAGCACUUCAGCAUGAGGAAGAAUGAAAGCUAAAUAGCAACGAGAUGCCAUCACACUCCAGUUUUUGUAGCAGUUCUCAUUCCAAGGAAGACCCAAGUCAAAUUGUCAAGUCAAGCAAGGCAAAAAUGCAUUUUGUGUUGGAUUCUGUAUUCUGAUCAUAGUUGGGGAAAAUUAUAUGAUUGUUUCAUCAGCAUUACAUUGAGAUCCACUUUUAUCAGUCAUUUGGAGGCAGGCACUUCCAGAGAGGCUGUACCUAGAUUUCCUUACUGCUAAUGUUGUAUAUAAAUAGGCAUUGGCCAUCGAACCUUAUCCUUUGUAUUUGGGAGUGGGUAUCACCACUGAUAUAAAAGUUCCAAGGGAACUAGUCUAAUAACAAUAUGAUCAGAACUGGAAAAUGUGUAUUUUUUGUUUUGUUUUUUGAGAAGCAUGUAAAUAUGAAUGAGCAUAAUAUUUGCACUGUGUAUAGUCACUUCGAUUAUGAGUAGAAUGAAAAGUGACAAUGAUUUUUCUGAAGGGAGGGGGAAGUAGCAUCUGCACUUGUACCAAAAAGUUAAAGGAGCAACUUCUUUAAAAAUCAGAUUUCAAAGUGGGUGUGUGUUUUAUAUUGAGCACCUGGUCUACACUUUGGAGUCACUAUUGUGUUGAAGUGGUUAAGUCUUCAUGAAAACUCCAGCUUUCGAGUAAUGCAGACACUUCCAUUGCAGUAUUUUUAAUUCCCUAUUAUGUUCCCACUCGUUGUCCUCUGUAGCUUUGUUGUAUCCUCAUUGCUGUGAUACUGAAAAAUCCUGGGCCCUUGUAGGUUGUAAUGUUAUUGUCUUAACAUUAUUUUUAAAAGCCUAAUCUUUUAUAAAGGUGAUAAAGAUGAAUUUGAGAGUUCAGCAGCAGGUGAACAAAGGCUUGUGAUAGGAGCAAUUGGUUCAGAGGAUCUGAAUGGGGAAGUUAUCUCAACAUCCCAUAACAGCUAUUUAUUAUUUUUUAGUUUUUUGUGACUGUAAUCAUUCAGUGAUUUAUAGUUUUUGGCAGAAAGUCACCAUAGUUGAGGAAAUAAAAGUUAAGGAAAAGCCUUUCUAUGCUGUUUUGAUUUCACUACGUGCUUGGUAAGAUCCUAAGAUGAAUGAAACACUAGGAUAAAUUUAGUGUGUAAUUUGAUCUGCUGCAAAACAGCUUGGCCUUUUCUAGGAGCUGCUUCCCUGGCUACCUUAAGUACACUGUCCAGUGAAGUCUGUCCUCAAUAUCACAUCUAUUUCUGUGUUAUAUGCAGUGAAUACCAACUGUGUCUUACUGCUGGGUUUGGGAUUUGUUCUUCUGCUAAGAUUAAACUGAUUUUUGGUACUUUGUUCCCUUAAAUUCAUAGAGUGUCAAUGCAUUAUGUUUGUUGCUUUUGUUCAGCUUCCUAGACAGGUACUGCAGGUGAAGACUACACGAGAUAUUAAUAUGUAAAGGACAGCAAAACGAAGUGUUUACAUAGAAAUUAUUAUUUGUGCAGUCCAUUCUGACACAGAUUAAUGAUAUGUCUGCUGCCAGUAAAGCCGCAUGCUCCACUGAGGCAUCUCAAGUGUACUUUUCUCCUUCACAGAAAAGCUUUUAUGUGCCUCGAUUCAGCUUCAUUGCAUACCUUCUGCAGAGAAGUGGCUUACGCUAUAAUUGCCUGCUGGUAGCCUUGCACAGUGUCUGGGAUUCACUAACUGUACAACAGGUUAAUUUGAAGCAAUAAAUUAUAAAUAUUUGGGAAACCUGCAUAUUCUUUCCCCCCUUAAAAUAAAAUUUUAUAUUGUACUUC